AUGACUCCAAUCACAUCGCGUAAUCGCUUUUUUAAAUACUUUGUAUUGCAUUAUAGAGACGAUAUAGACUUGGAAAGAAUUGAUGAGAAUUUAACUAAAAAAGGUGGAUUUUUACCUUUCUUACCUUUAAUCUUUGCUGGUUUAGCUGCAGCUGGUGCAACUGCUAGUGGAGCUGCAGGGAUAGCCAAAGCUGUCAGCGAUAAGAAAGCUGAAGCCGCUGCAAACGCCGAAGCACGUAGACACAAUUUGGCAAUGGAAAGAGAAGCACGAGGAGAUUCGGGAGUAGGAGAUAUAUUAGGGACGGUUAAAGAAUUCGGACAAAGAUUUGGCGAAGAAACCAAGAAAACCGUUAAAGAGGGAUUAAGCAAAUUAAUAGAUAAAAUCGACACUGGAGAAAUGAAGUCUAUAAAUCAUGGAAUGGAUAGAGAUACAUUUAAAAAGGUUUGUAAAGCUCAAUGGAGAAACCCAGAUGAUCAUGGAUAUGUAUUUGUAAAUACUAGAAAACCUGCGGGAGAAAGAGUUAUGAUCAAUAUAUGUUAA